GCAAAUCGCAUCUGCCUUCCUUUUGAUCAAGACUGCAUAGACUCUCGCUCAAACGCUCUUGCCUAUGCGCAAGGAUGCGGCGCAUGUUUAUUUCGACGUCCAUCGUGACCUCUGUCAUCGCACAUGUCCGUCGAGUACCAGAUGCCGUCGCCAGCGCCGGGAUGGACCCUACCAUAACCUCGGCGCCAGAGAUUCCGUUAGAACUGCUGGGCAAACGUGACGAUCCUAAUCGGUUCAUGGGCUGGAUCAGUCUCGAUGAAGGAUGGACGACCCGAGAGUGCGAUGUCGAUGGAACAUUGUAUUCAAGUGGGGACUACUGGCGAUGUUGUGGCAUAACGGCAUCGACCUGCAAUUUGCCCGUCGCCUGUGAAAGUGGAAGUCUGGUCUACUCAUACUCGGGUCGAAGUCAGAGUCGUGAGACGUAUGCCUGUACCGAGCUUUACACCGAGUCUGAUGAUCAGUCGUUUACUGUCUGCAAUACAGGGUUUAGAUUUGACAACACAGCUGACCGGAGCCCAUCACUCAAUCUCUUCUGCGGUGAAUCAGGAUCCAAUUGGAGUUACUACCGAGAGAAACCAGAGGAUACCUCCGCGUCUACCUCGCUAUCCUCAUCUCCAACUUUUACGCCCGUCCUUCCACCUGGCGUCACCCCAGCUCAGGAAACAUCUUCUUCCUCGUCGCCACCAAAGUCAGACGACGACGAUGGUAGUUCGGCUUGGAUUGCAGGUGCAAUAGUAGGCCCAAUCGUUGGCCUCGUCGCCAUCGGCGUCGUUGCUUGGGUCUUCUUUUUUCGGAAUCCAGACAAAGACGAUGCCCCCAUCACUGAGGCCAAACCGGAAGGUACCCCAGUUGGUGAUCCUCCAGCCUAUUCCGGAUCUCCCCAAAGCAGCCAAGAUUCGGUGCCAGCUACUGGAAUUGCAGGCAGCACACCUAUUGGUAACGACCCCCAGAGCAUGGAAGUGAGGGAAGACAAUCGAAGUGACUCCUGGAUUCAGCCUCCACCCCACCCUCCGCCUGUAGAUACUGUGGCAUCCUCACCAGCCUCGUCAAGCAGUCUUUAUGCGCCGCCGCCUACACCGCCCAAUUAUGGAUACAUACACGGGCACGCCAUGGACGUGAAGAGUCCACAGCCGUAGUUUGCGGAGAAUCUCAGCACAAGGAACCUGAAUUACCAACGAUUGGAAUGACAAAUACAGCGAGGAGAUUUGGGCCUAUAAAGUUGAAUAGGCAAUCCUCGAAUACGACUAUACGGGAGAAUCACACCUUAAGGGAUUUAAUUCAGCAACAGGCAUUGAUCCGGUAGAUUUUCCUAUUUGCAUAGCGUUGCAUACAGCAUUUACACACCUGAUACCCUUCUACAGCGAGAGGCGAUGACCUCAUGCAUAGCACUAGCAUUUACCGG